AUGGGCGCCUUCCUCUCUCUCCUUUCCUCUCUCUUUCACACGCCGCAACCAAUAACAUUCUGGACUCCAAAAACACCCGCAUAUAUCGACUACCAAGACCAUCCGUACGGCCGCUUUGGGCCCAAGUUCGCCGAGAAAGGCACUAGUGCACAUAUCAACGCCCCGCCGGAAGAGAUAGAGAGACUGUCUAUUCCGGCGUUUGUCGAACGGGCCGUUCCCUCGCUCCAUAAGCCUUUCAAGCCUACGUGGUACCUCCCCAACGGCCACCUGCAGACGAUCUACUGCAUCCUUGGUGACUUCACCAAGGUGAACCUGGUUCACUACUACCGGAAGAUCCUCCAUUUCCCAGACGGCGGCUCCAUCGCUCUCGACCUCGCCGGAGCGCCCUCGUUACCUCCCACGGCACCCAUAUUGGUCGUGUGCCAUGGUCUAGCCGGAGGCUCAUACGAGAGCUAUGUAAGGGAUGUCCUGGCCGAAGUCGUUGGGAGCAAACAGCAGGGUGGAUGGGGCUGGAGAGGCGCGGUGUGCAACUUCCGGGGAUGCGGUGGUACGAAAUUAACCAGUCCUCAAUUGUACUCGGCAGGGAAUACGAACGACCUCCGCGCCGCACUCCUUUACCUCUCUAUCCGCUUUCCAGGAGCGCCGAUGGUCGGAAUCGGUUUCUCGCUCGGGGCUGGUGUGCUCACGCGCUACUUGGGUGAGGAGGGCGAGCGAAGUCGUCUGAGGGCAGGGAUGGCCCUGGGCUGUCCGUGGGAUUUGCACAAGAAUGGGGAGAGACUGGAGGAAAAUUGGUUUGUACGGAACACGUACAGCAAAGCGAUGGGCACCAACCUCCGACUGUUUAUCAAGUCCCAUCUACCGGAGAUCCUCGCUCAUCCCCGAGGACAAAACGUCAAACACCAUAUCGACGACCUAUUCCGUUUCCACUCGCCCUCGAUAAGGACCGUAGACUCUCACGUCACGAAGCACCUCGGCGGUCACACCCCACCAUUCCCCUUCGCCACCGUCGAUGCUUACUACCGUUGGGCCUCUUGUCACACCUGGCUCCCUUCGAUCCGCGUUCCGUUUCUUGCUGUCAACGCAGACGACGACCCUAUUGUCAACAGACGUAUGCUGCCGUUACAGGAGAUACAGGGUAGUGAUUGGUGUGUGCUCGGGGUGACGAGGGGCGGUGGGCAUCUAGGUUGGUUUACAGGGAACCAGCAUCCGCCUACUCGGUGGAUCCACACUCCUAUCCUCCAAUUCGCCCAUGCUGCUAUUCGCGACUACGUCCCUCCUGCGGGACGCAGCACCCCUGGAUGGGAGCGAAAGGACGGCUGGGUGUAUCAGGUUGAUGAGGCUGGAGGAAGGGGAGAGGUCGAGAUCGGAUAUAAGGAGGAGGAUGGGGAGGAAGAACUUGUUAGUAUCGAAGAUAAGAUGGCUACGCGGCUCCUGUUUGGCCGUUAGGGCCAAAGCGCAAGAGUUGGCAGGGAGGGUUGUAGAGAUAGAGAAAAAGACCCCUCGACAUACUAAGAGGCACGAUAUGGUCUACACAUCUUGGCUGAUACUUGCCACUA